AUGUCCAGUAAGAAUAAGAAUCAGGUUAGUGAAAAAUCUCAACAACAACAGCAACAGCAACAGAAAAAAGUUGUAACUACAGAGAGAAGAGUACCACAAGUUUGGACCUUAUUGAAGUACAUUUUCAUUUCAUUGUGUUUGAUUGCUGCUGUUGAAUACUUCAAGUUUGGUACUAGAAUUAAUUAUGAAUGGUUCCAUUGUACUCCUAUCAAGGAGCAGGUAGGUGGUCCAUCUAGUUCUGUAAUUAAAAUGUGGGCAGUUGGUGGACCAAGUUGUGAUAAAAGAGGUGAGUUCAAGACUCUGUUCAAGAGAAUCAGUAGAGAUUACGAUCCAAAUGAUGAACCAGUAGCAUAUUGUUUUGUUGAAAACAAAAAUAUUCCUUCUGUUCAUUAUCCUAUUGAAAACGGUAAUAAAGGUGAGCCAGGUUACGUUGCUUAUGUAGGUUACAUGUCUGAUUAUGAUUUGAUUGAAGCUGAAUGUGGUGAAAACCAAAUAUUCCAUGUCUAA